UAAACAGGAAGUAAAUACUUGAUGACAAACAACCGUAGCUCACCUGCGGAAAUCCCAAAUACGUUUAAUAUCACUUAAAGUUGUUCAAACCUGUGUGUUUGGAAAUCCAGCGCAAUGUCAUGCCCUUUCAAUCAAUCUGUUCGUAUGUCCGCAGCGGAGCUGAACCCCGCUGUGUUACCGCUGGAUUGGCUACUGGGUACCUGGCAGUCUGAUGAACCAGGGGAAGGCUCUUUCCCCACAAUCUCAUCUUUUCGUUACACAGAAACUCUACAUUUCUCACACGUGGGACAACCUGUGAUCAAUUUUAUGUUUAAUGCAUUCCAUGCUGAGAGCAAAAAGCCACUUCACAGAGAGUGUGGAUUUAUUAGGCUUCAGCCAGGCACCAAUAAAGUGGCCUUUAUCAUUGCACAAAACUCUGGUCUUGUGGAAAUUGAGGAGGGUGAACUCACUGGACAACAGCUGACUCUGCAAAGUACUGCCCUGGCUAGAACAUCUUUUGCCAAGGAGCCUCAUGUUCAGCAGAUCUGUAGGCACAUCCAGCUGAAGCCCGAUGGGAGGUUGGAACAGACCGUCUCUAUGGCUUUGCAAGGACAACCUUUGGCCCAGCAUUUGCACAUCACCUACCGAAAGACUUUGUGAUCAACUGAAGUGUGGCUUAAAGAUGCUUCUUGAACUUGAAUUAUGUACAUCUCAUUUGAUGCAAAAUAAUAUUGAUAUCUGAAUUUAUAUUGUAAAAGUUUUUUAUAUAACAAAGCCACCAACUUAUUAAAGUAGUUUGUGUACAAUGGUGAGUCACGGGGAAUGAAGAUAAUGCACUAAAAUAAAAUAAAAAGCACUGACAAAUAUC